CUUAAAUAAUGACAUCUGAAUCGCCGUCUGAAGUGAUUGAUUGCGCCAUUUGUUUGGAUGUGUGUCUCAAUGGUGUCCGUCUCGACUGUAAUCAUAUUUUUUGCUAUUUGUGUGUCAAAGGAUCGGCACAACAGUCCAAUAACAGGUGUCCAGUGUGUCGACGACCUAUAGAUUUGGACUUCUUCGAGAAUCCCACUCUAAUUGGUUCGGUUGUGUGGAAGAAUGUGGUCAAUGAUAGUGAUCUUCAGUGGCAAUAUGAGGGUCGCAACGGUUGGUGGCUCUAUGACGAGCGCACACAGACUGACAUCGAAAAAGCUUUCGCCGCCAACCAGUCUUCAGUUGAUGUAUUAAUUACUGGAUUUGUUUAUGUGAUAGACUUUGAGGCAAUGGUUCAGUACAGACGUAAUAAUCCGAUUCGCACGCGAAGAAUUAGAAGACAAGCGCUCGACCCGAAAGACACCAAAGGAGUGGCCGGACUUCGCACUCAGUUUAAUCCAAUUGAAGACAACACCACUCAAAAUACAAACGAAACCCAUUGUCACUCUGAAUCACGAUCUGAAGAGACAAUAGUUGCGGACAAUUCAGUUGCGAACACAACAGUCACCGAUGUUAUGGACGACGAUAUAAUAAAUCUGGAGCGAAGACUCAAUGCACUUCUUGCCAUUGAUGACAACGUUAAGGAGACAUAUCUCUGA